GUCAACAUGGAGUCGUGAAACAAGACAGAGCGAAGGGCUGACUUUUUAUAGUUUUAAAAUAAAUAUAAUACAUGGGAAAGACGCUGAAACUCCAAUUACAUGUACAUAAAUUAGUGUCAUUUACGAAGACAAUUGCAGUAAAAGGGCUGGUGGUCUCUGCAAUAUUGACGCAACAUGGUCCGGCACAGCAAGCUCCAGAAACAGGUCCUCAGCCUCUACAAACAGUUCCUCCGGGCCGCCCAGGACAAGCCAGGCUUCGUGCCACGAAUCCAGUACGAGUUCCGGCAGAGCGCCAGCAUCCCCAGAGCUAACGUCAUGCAGAUCGAGUACCUCUACAGGAGAGGACAGAGACAGCUGGAGCAGAUGAAAGACGUGAACACCAAACAGCUCGGAGCGUUUGUCAAAACCAGAUCGGACAGCUAGCCUACACAGAUUAUUAUAGGUGGGUAUUCAUUUGUCACCAGUAGUGGAAAUUAAUAUAAUAAACCAGUGUAUCAUAGAAAAGUGGAUUGGACUUGCAAUAAAAAAAAAUUAAAAAUUAAAAAAAAAAAAGAUGGUGCCGGCAGUCCAAGAUGCUGGGGCUGUGCCACUGUUGGUUCAGCACCGCCAGCCCUGCAGUGAGCUCCUGUGUGCACGGUAGAGGGAGGAGGUCUAAGGCAGUCGCUCCCUGGUGGCGUGCAUAGGAACUGGAGCCUGCAGGGGCUGCAACAGUCAGCAGCAAGAGACAGUCGUUGGUGCAACUUUGCACUGGCGAUGACCCGUCGUCGGGAUCCAGUGGAUGCAGGGGACUGAGUGGUGCACCUGGACUAAAACAAGGGACGGGACGGGACGGGACGGGAAGGGACGGGGCUGUGAGUGAUGCAAUGCUGUAUUGUUGUUGGGCUGUUUCAGGGGAUCAAACGCGCUCCGGGGGAGUGUGUAUGCAGUGUCAUUUGUCGUGCAGCUGUUAAGAGUCAUGGCUACCGAAUAAAGAGUUGCUGUGUGCCUGA